AUGGGGUUCUAUACCUCAUCCGGUCCUCCUCUCAUUCUCCUCCUCUCUCUUUUCGCCGCCUCCACCAUUGCCGCCGAAGACCAGCCGCCGCUCCCCGGCCUCCCGCCAUCAGAGCAGGAGGCAACGUACCUCGCCCUCGAGUCCAUCGAUCCGGAGACAGCAUGGCGCUCCCUCUUCCCCGACGACCUCUGUCUCGCCGGUCCCCACGGUGUCGUCUGCGACCUCCUCCCCGACGGCACGCUCCACGUAACCGAGCUCAACUUCGGCUACCUCUCCGACUUCUCCGCCAACCCCGCCUGCGGCCCCAACGCCACCCUCUCCCCCGUUCUCUCCUCCUCCGCUGCCUCCGCAUUCCCGUUCCUCCGCAAGCUCUUCUUCUACAACUGCUUCACCCAUGCGAAGGCCGCCCUCCCGGGGCGCGAGUUGAAUCUCCCCUCCUCCCUCGAAGAGCUCGUCUUCGUCCAGAACCCGUCCCUCGUCGGCCGGCUCAGCGGCAGGAUCCGCGAUCUCCCCCGUCUUCGGCGUCUGAUCAUCUCCUCUAGUGGUAUAUCUGGCAACAUCCCCGCCGAGAUCGGGAAGCUACGAAGCCUGGAGCAAGUCGUUCUAUCGGAAAAUCGUCUCCGAGGAGGGAUUCCGGCGACCAUCGGCCGGUGCCGGAGUUUGAAGAUCCUAGAUCUGAGCGGGAACCGGAUCGGCGGCGACCUCCCCGUGGAGAUUGGGCGGUUGGGCGAACUCGUCAAGCUCGAUUUGAGCUCGAACCUGAUCCGCGGUUCCUUCCCGGUCGAGCUGGGCCGCUUACAGCGGCUCGAGUUCUUGGACGUGCGCCAUAACAGGCUCACCGGCGGCGUCCCGACCGCGCUGGCGGAGAUGGCGAGCAUGAGGGAGGUGUAUCUAAGCGGUAACCCGAUGGGUGGCCGGAUCCCGGAAAUUUGGGAGAAGCUUGGGGGCAUUUUGGGAGUAGGGAUGUCCGGCCUGGGUUUGGUCGGGAAUAUUCCGUCCACUAUGGGGGUGUUUCUGGAAAACGUACGUUAUCUGGCGCUGGACGGCAACUUUCUGGAGGGGAAGGUGCCGGAGCAGUUUAAGCGGCUGGAGAGGUCCGCGGGGGAGAUUAACUUGGAGAACAACGCCCUCCAGGGUCGGAUACCGUUCUCCGCCGGCUUCGUGGAUCGCUUGGGGGGUAAGCUUAAGCUGGCUGGUAACCCGAAGCUGUGCCUGGGCGAAGAUUUGGUUGGCCACGUGAGUGCCAAGGGAAGUCUCACUUACUUGGAGCGGUGCAACAAAACGGAAAUUCCCUAUCCCGUCGACUUUCGCUAUGGCUCCGGGCUUUCCAUAGCGAAGAUAUCUCCUUGGCUUUUUGUUUCCUUUUCUUGUUUGCUUCUAGUUUUUAGGUGA